AUGGAGUGGAAGGCUGUGCGGUACGGGGCGGUGGGAGCCGCGGUGCUCGGUCUCGCGGCCGUGACCCUGGCGACGCUGCUGACCUACCACUUCGCGCCGUGUCCGGGGAUGACUCCGAAGGAGGGGCGGGAGGGGCGAGGGCUGUUCAGAGAGGACUUCCCGAUCUUUGCUCCGCCCGACCCGCCGAAGGACCUGCGCCUACCCAGACACCUGUUUCCCCUCGAGUAUCACCUCCGCUUGAUGCCGAAAUUCGAUCCCGUGAACGGGUUCCCCAUAGACGGUCGCGUCGAAAUCCUCGUCGAAUGUCGCGAGAACGGUCGCAACGUGACGCUUCACGCGCGGAACAUGACCUUCUACGAGGUCCGCGUCUUGGGCAGCGAUCGCGAAUUCGACGUCUUGGACGUGGAAUACGACAAUGAGCGGUCCUUCGUGAUUCUCCAUCUGGAUCAGGAUCUUGUGGCGAACGAAUCGUACGCGGUAUUGAUCGAGUUCCGCGCCGAACUCACCACGGAUCUCGCCGGUCUCUACAGAAGCACGUACAGAGAACAAAAUUUCACCAGGUAUGACAACGGCACUUUCCUUUAUUUUUAA